UUCAAAAAAGAAAAGUGUCGAGAGUGCUACAUAAUACACACACGGGCUGCGCUGAUAAGCAAACAAACAGAGUAGCUUUUGAAAUAAAUUUAUUUACGGCAGUCAUAGCUCAGAACAAAAUACACACAGCGCUCGAAGUGAGCACAUCGUUACUAGCUCGUCUUUCAUUUGCCUAUAAUAUCUACAAACAAUCUUUAUAUACGUAUAUGCAGUAUUCGUGGAUUUCGUCUCUAACUGCCAGCGAAUGCUCGUAGCAAUUGUUUAAAGUUUUCUAUAUAUAUAGUGAGUGAUUGCAACAGCCAAAAGAAAAUUCAAUAAUGAGUGACAAGCCUGUAAACGGUACUUGCAACGGCGAUAGUGAUACCGCAACCUACAACAAAUGCAACGGUACACAGCCACGUAAGGAUGUGCGUGUGUGGUGCGAUGGCUGCUAUGAUAUGGUCCACUUCGGUCAUGCCAAUUCACUGAGACAAGCCAAGGCUCUUGGCGAUAAGGUAAUCGUUGGCAUACACACCGACGAAGAGAUCACCAAACACAAAGGACCGCCAGUGUUCACUGAGGAGGAGCGCGUCAAGAUGGUCAAGGGCAUCAAAUGGGUAGACGAGGUGGUUCUGGGUGCGCCAUACGUGACCACACUGGAAGUGUUGGAUCAAAAUAACUGUGAUUUUUGUGUACAUGGCGAUGACAUAACCAUGACCGCUGAGGGCUUAGACACAUAUCAUCUGGUCAAGUCGGCCAAUCGCUACAAGGAAGUUCGUCGCACCGCUGGCGUCUCUACCACUGACCUCGUGGGUCGUAUGUUGCUGCUCACACGCAAUCAUUUCCGUCAAGGCUCCGCCGAAUACGAUAUCGAGAAAGAAGCUAAACUUUUAAAAUUACAACAAAUAAAAUUCCACUCAGGUUCAUCGAAUAUGGGUCAAGACUCGACAGCGAAGAGCCCCUGGACCGGAUGUAGUCAGUUUUUGCCCACCACACAAAAGAUUAUACAAUUCAGUGAUGGCAAAUCACCAAAUCCGGGCGAUAAAAUUGUCUAUGUGGCUGGCGCCUUUGAUCUCUUCCAUGUGGGACACCUAGACUUUUUAGAGAAAGCCCAUGAGCUGGGCGAUUAUCUGAUUGUGGGUCUCCACACAGAUCCUGUGGUCAACUCCUACAAAGGCAGCAACUAUCCAAUUAUGAAUCUGCAUGAGCGUGUCCUUAGCGUGCUAGCUUGCAAGUUUGUCAACGAGGUGGUUAUCGGGGCACCCUAUUGCGUUACCGAAGAGCUGCUGGAGCACUUCAAAAUUGACGUAGUCUGCCAUGGCAGCACGCCCAUUGCGAUGGAAAAUGGGAAAAUUGAUCCUUAUGCCGUGCCAAAGACACGCGGCAUAUUUACACUUCUCGACUCCGGCAACAAUAUGACCACGGAGCGGAUUGUGGAGCGCAUCAUUUCACAUCGGCUCGAGUACGAGCGUCGCAACCAGGCCAAAGAGAAGAAGGAGAUUGAAGCAUUCGAGGCACUGCAGCGUCAAAAGCUUACACAGAAGGCGGGCUAGCUGCCUCAAUAGUUAACAAAACACGCAGCCACACACAGUUUAGAAAAAUUAGGCGUUUAGUUGAGUUCAUCGUUUGUUGUUUUUCUCAAUUUCUGUACCAAGCACGAUCUUUUUCGAUUUUUGUUUUGUUUUACAUAUUAAGCAAUCCCAAAGUAGUUGCGGAAUUGAAUCCGCAAGCGUUAGUACAAUUUAAAAAAGCUGCGGACCGCACAGGUAACUGCAUGCUUAUUAUUUACAGUUAUAUCUACCUAUAUAUAUAUAUGUAUGUAUGUAUACCAGUAUUUAAAGUUUAAAUUUUAUGUAUGUAAGCGCAAAAUUUGUAAAUUUUACUAUGUUGUAAGUGUAGAGUGAACAACUCAGUAACUUUUAUGAUAUACCAUAUAAGGCUUAUACGAAUCCAAGUGAUGAUGAAUGGAUGGAUGGAUGAUGCGGUCCAGGCUGGUAAAGACCGGUUAAAAUUUUAAUUUGUCUACAAAUUAUACGUAACUAUAUAUAUUUUGGAACAGCUAAUGCUAGAGAUUGAGUUUCGAAUGUACAGAUAACAGAUUAACAGUGAAAUUCUUCAAAUCUUCAAAAGCUCCCUAUUUGGAUUGCAUUUUAAAAUCUCUGUAUUAUAAGUUCUUAUUGUUUGUUAUUGUCCACCAGAUCUUUCGUUGACCCCUCGAAAGCUAUCUGCAAAAUUUGCUUAACAUAAUUAGUGUGAAUCCAUAUUAGGUGUACAAGCUUUUUCCAAUCAUUGAUUAAAUGCAAAAGUAAAUUACUAAUAAAAGUAUUUAUACAUAUGUGAACUUUA